AUGUCUAACACGGAUGCCGCCCCUUGCAUGACCGCCGCAACUGAUUCUUUCGAGAGCGACGAGACACCUGAGACCUACGCAGAAGCUAUCAGUGCUCAUGCGAGAAAAAUCCAAAAAAAUUCUUUCGUAUGCGGAGCCAAUUAUCGCGACUUCUCAAAGUUUGUUAACCUUUCGCCUUCAGAGCGGAAUAUCCAGCUACUGGACCAGCUGCAACCAGACCUGACCCGAGCGCACCGGUCCGUGGUGUGCUUACGCUUCGAUUCCGAUGGCACAAGACAACCAAACACAUACGCUGGCACAGAAGGGCCUCAAUCGUUCCUUGAUAGAACUCCAUUGAAGACAGGUUGUGCAGAAUUUCUCUUCAUCAGAGGUUACCCAUCUGCGGAGUGGAUAAGAGUCAUUGGCUCUCAGCUUCGAAUCGAUCCCGAGGUCUUUCGACGACACGCUGGCCGUCAGCACAGUUCCGGGGACAUUAGGCGAAAUUACAAUGCACUUGUGAAGCAUGGCGUCGCUGGACAAUCAAUCGUUCGUCGGUAUUCAAUUCACAACGAGAAUACAUAUACUAUCGAUCAACUCAUCACCUUUUGUGUAGUGAAGAAGAACGGAGGUUAUACAGCGGUUAUCUGUCUUGACACAGGCAGAGAUCUCCGGCAGGGUCCUGAAGCACCCUGGAAUAAAGCAGAAGCCGAGCCAGACUCUUGCUUACCCACUAUACAACACCCUGCAAAGGUGGCUUUAAGAACUAACGAUCAGACCACGUCAUUUGCAAGUGAGGAAGAUGCAGACAGACUCCUCCAGAGCACAAGCAUACCCACUGCGAAACAUUUGCCCCUUCAAUAUGGCAUGUUGGCAGACGAAGACCAAUCUUUGAUGCGCUCUAGUCCGAUAUAUGCUUUGAAUGAGUUAUUUCUCUUCGCUGCCUCAAGCAACAGCCAAUUUCUCAAUUUUGUGAAAGGUCAAGUCGAAGAUGCCCUACUCAAUGCUCAGAGUCACGAGGGGCAGGAAGAAUUGUCACUUAUAAACUUACGAUUCACAAAGGACCUGUUGGAGGAGAAUAUUGGCCACUAUUCGGAGGUCAUCGCUUUUCUUCAGAGCAAAUUGGCUGCGAAAUGGAAAGGUUCUGACGCCGACCUUGCACAAGAUGUACAGGAUUCUAUUUUGCGGGACUUUGAAUCUCUUCUUAGACGCGCAAAAGAACUCGCUGCAAGGUGUUUGGAUGGAACAGCUAUAAUUAUGAAUGGCGCCAUGCUGAGGGAAUCAAGAAAAGCUAUUGAACAGGCUGAGAAGGUGGAAAGGUUGACUAUUCUUGCACUUAUUUUCGUGCCACUUUCAUUCAUCACUUCAGCCUUUGGUAUGAAUUUCAAAGAACUAGGACAGGGGGAAGUCGGUAUGCAAGUCUUCGCCGAAGUGGCUGUCCCGGUGUUAUGUGUAUCAUUAAUCAUCUGCUUCUGGGGCCGUAUUCAUAGAGCCAUCACAUCCCUUUGGGACUAG